UAUGGGGUAGUGGGUGGGUAACAGUACAGAAGCUGCAGAGGGGUGGGUUAAACUACGACUCUGCUUCCUGGUCUGGACCCUGGGUUGUCAUGGAGGACUAAUAAAACUGGCCAUGUUCCUAGAAAGAAGAGCUGCUCCAUCCAAAGAGGGAUGGAUGCCGUCUCUCUGCAUCAGACCAGGUUUUCCCCAAAAAGUUUUCCAAUUAUCAAUGUAGCCCACGUUGUUUUCAGGACACCACCUAGACAGCCAGCGGUUGGAGGACAGCAUGCGGCUAAACAUGUCGUCACUGGUCCGAUCAGGCAGGGGGCCAGAGAAAAUUACAGAGGCCGACAUUGUUUUGGCAAACUUGCACAGUUUUCAAAUUUUCAACAGCUCAAAGCCGGGCCUCCAAUUCUGACACGCUCGCCUCCAAAGCUACAAAAAUGCUACGUUUAUUAAAGAGCAAGUCACCCCUUACAAGAAGCGUACUUCACUCCCACUUCAUGUUUGAAAAAUGCAACAAAUGCUGUUGCCUAGCAGACCGAGAGGGUGGAGCCACUAACAAAUACACACACUCACGACAUUGUGACAUCAUAAUGUACCAGUUUACAUCAUAGCAUACCUCUUAGCCAAUAGCGAUGGCAGGUUUAAAUUCAAAUGCAGUGACAAGUUUUUACCUGACAACAGCACAACACUGACAGUUUCAGGCAGAAAAUUUAAAAUUUAACUAAAAUGCACUAAAGUGCAAACCUAUUGACUACACGUGUCUGCAGCACGAUUAGACACGCAUUUAUGUAGUUUAUCAGGAAAAAAAGGUUGAUUUGGGGGUGACUUGCUCUUUAAAUGUACUAUUAUCACUAAAGGAGGCAGAGGAGUAAGUAAACAUCUGACACAAAAAGCAAGAGAUAGGAGACGGAGAAGCCGAGACAGAUGUAGCCAUAGCCGUGCUGAGGCUAAGCUAACUGGGAGAGCAACCCUUCCAACAUCAAAUAAACUGCGUGCAGACGUUAGGGUUCCUUAAAGGGACCACGGGAAGGAACGAUAACCACGGUGCGUCAGACCCACACAUGCUACAAAAUGAGAAUUAAAGUGCUCCAAAAGGAAACUUGCAUGUUUUUAAACAAGAAUGAAACGCUACAAAACGAAAAUCAAAGUGCUAACAAGUCACAAGUAUUAAAGUGUGAAUUCUAGCUCCAUAAAUCAGCUGCGGGUGGGUUGACACACUUUCCCUGCUUCACUGCCACAUGCUUAUAGAGCUGUGUUCAGUAGCUGCAGAACCAGCAGGUGCACGGUGCUGGUUAGAUAGGCAGCUGAAGCCAAGAGCCCUAAAAGCAAAGAUACAAUCCAGGGAGACGCUACUGGUGUUCCUGUGACCUCUGACCCAACACAGAUGGACUGAGAAUGGUCACUCCCUUCGUCAGCUGAGACGACUUUCUCUUUUCUUUGCCCGGCGUGUGACUCUCUGGGUCGGACUCAGCUGUUCCAGGAGUAACCACAGGCGCUGACGGGCUGCUGCAGGAGGCUGUGUGCAGCCACCCCCACCCCCACGCCACCCUCAUUCUGCCGGAGAGUAAAGCAGGAUUAAAGCAUCUGGUGGCACAGACCGAAGGAAAGAGAAGACUACAGUUGCUGCUUCAGCGGGGUUUGAGAGUUAAAUCAGAAAAUAAGUGCGGUUCAGCUUGUAAGAUGUUUCCUCACCAUAGAGAAAGGGAGCAGCCGAUUUUCAGCACUCGCGCCCAUGUUUUCCAAAUCGACCCCGCCACCAAGAGAAACUGGAUUCCUGCGAGCAAGCAUGCUGUCACUGUGUCUUUCUUCUACGACGCCCAUCGUAAUGUCUACCGCAUCAUAAGUGUGGGUGGAACCAAAGCAAUCAUCAACUGCACAGUCACACCCAGCAUGACAUACACCAAGACAUCCCAGAAGUUUGGUCAGUGGGCUGACAGCAAAGCCAACACCGUCUAUGGGCUCGGCUUCGCCACCGAGCAGCAGCUCUACCAGUUUUCAGAGAAGUUCAAAGAAGUUAAAGAUGCUGCUCGUCUGGCACAAGAAAAAUCCCAGGACAAAGAGCUGGCCAACACAGCGCUUACUAUUGCUGCUCCUCAGGACCUCUCAGAUGAGCUCCAGUCUCCACUGGUAAUGUGUGUGAAUGGACCGGAGGAGAAGCUGUUCCGUAGCCAGAGCGCAGAUAUCACCCUUUCUUCUGAGAAGGAGCGGAUCAAGAAGAUGCUCUCUGAAGGGUCUAUUUGUGAGAUAAACCUGGAAUCUGAGCUCUUCACUCUGCAGGACAGCAACUCUAAAUUGGUGGCAGCAUUGCACGAAGCUAAUGCUAAUGUGGCACAAUGGAAAAAACAGCUGGCAGCAUAUCAGGAGGAAACCCAACGACUCAGAGAACAGGUGGCUGAACUGGAAGCACAUGGAGGACAAGGACCCAGUGACUUCCUAAAGGAUGAGCUGACGCAGUCUCUAGAGGAUCUGGAGGCCCUACUCAAGGCCAAGGAUGAGGAGAUUCACAUUUUGCAGAACAAGAAAGCAGAGUACCUUGAAAUGGAACAUGACAGAGAUGAGGCCAUUCUCAGCUUACGGGAGAUGGAGAUGAGAAACUCGGAGCUGGAGGGUCGCAUCCAGAACACAGAGCAGGAUCUCAGCAACUCUCUGGAAGAGCGGGAUCGUAUGGAUUCUGAGAUCCAAAGGGCCAUAGAAAUUCUGGAUGUCAAGAUCUUUGACCUCAAUGAUCUUCGCCAGAGCCUUGUUAAACUAAUUAACAAGUAAAAAUAAUUAGAGUUGGUAAUGUUUGACCCAAGUGGAUAAACAGAUGGGGACAUCAUCCCCGUCCUCCUCGUGCACUUUAGUGGCUGCGAGACAGUUUCUCCAUGUAGGCUGAAGCUCCAGCGUCAUGUAGGUGUCAGCCAUAACAACACACAAUCACUCCAGCGUAAGGCUUCUCAUAUAAUAGUGCAAUAAGCUAACUUUAAGGUAAGUGCUUGAUCAUUCGAGGUGCUUUUCAUUUCUCAGAAUUACGGCUUUAGUAACCAAAAUGCCAAAAUAGUGUCAAGAUGAAAAAGAGGCCUUGUUUUUGAGAAAGGAGCAUUUUUGGUGGAUUAAAACAAAACAAGAAUACAACAAAGAUGUACAAAACAAAAGAGCUUCCAGGUUUUGUAAUAAUCUGAUCGAUCCCUCAUCGACAUGAACGUGUUUUCUAUUGUUUUAAGUACAGAGAAGAUUUUAAUGAAACCUGUGUAUACAGCAUCAUUUCCAAAGUGAGGAAAAACAACUGGCUCACGUUUCUUCUUCCCUUUUAGGAAGCUGCAGUAAGCUUAGAAGAAAUGUUAGUUUAUAGGAUUAUUUAAGCAAAUUUCAUCAAAUUUAGGAAUCUUUUCCUUAAAAUGUGAUUUUAAAUCACAAGAAAACUAACUUCACCCAUUAAUGUGAAAACUUUAGAUCAUUUAAAUAUAGUAUCAGAUGUUAACUGCAGGGCUAUAUAAAAUAAGCUUUUAGCGACGUUUUAGAUUAACUUUGACAUGUUUACUAAUGGAGAGCUGUGAAUGCUAAGCCUUUCGCCCUUAACAGGUGGCUUUAUUCAUUUAGAAAAGGAUAUUUGCUCCCAGACUGUAUGGCUCGACUCUUGCUUAAAUUAUUUGCAUCAUUUUGUUUUGCAAGCCUUAAUGUUUUAUUUAAGGAUGACUGUUGUGAAAGUUUGAUGUUUCUAAAAUGUUUGUAGGAGCAGAAAUAAACAACAAAUAAGUUCUCCAUCA